GUUAUACGUUUCUGUGCUCUCGACGCAGUCGGACGUUUAAAAAUAAACGCGCUUCGCCCUUAAAUACCAAAAAAAUAACCGCAGGCCACAAAUAAAUCAGAACAAACUAUUCGAAUACCCCCAUUCGAUCUUAGUCAAAACUCAUUUGAACUCUAAAAGAAAAACCCAAAAAUAAAACCUGCAACAUGUUCAGCUCGAUUACAGCCUCUUUGAAGAACUUUGGCGACAAGACGGCCAAUCUGUUCAGCAAGAAGAAGGAUGAGGCCGAGAAGCUGGCCAACGAGAAGGCCGUCGAGGCCCAGAAGCUAGCCGAGGAGCAGGCCAAGAAGGUGGGUCAGUCGGUGCAGCAGACCAAGGGAGAGGCUGAGCAGCUAGCCGCCAGCACGGCCAAGGAAGCCGCUGCUCUGGCCAACGCUGAGGCCCAGAAGGCCGGUCAGGCCAUCGAUGCGGGCGUAAACCGUGCCGCCGGAGCUGUCAACCAGGGCAAGCAGGCCGUGGACAACACAGUGGCGCAGGCGCAGGCCGUGGCCCAGAACUCCAAGCAGGUGGCCGCCAAUGUGGCCGAGGCCUCCCAGCGGGCUGCUGCCAAUGCCGUGGACCAGACAAAGAAGGCCGCCAAUGAUGCCAUCAACAAGAGCGUCAAGGCCGCCGAGACUGUGGCGGACCAGAAGCUGAAGCAGGCGGAGGGUGCCAUUGAUGGAGCUCUCAAGCAGACCAGCCAGGCGGUGGACCAGAAGCUGCACGAGGCCAACCAGUACGUGGACGAGAAGCGUCAGUCUGUGGAGAAGAGUGUGCAGGAGGCGGCUGGACAGGCCCAGGAGUCUGCUGGCCAGCAGGCAAGCGCUCUGCUCGGCAAGCUGCAUCUGGGCCAGAAGUAAUAUGGUUUCGCCAUCGUCGUUUGGCGGGGCCACCACCUUAAAUAUCUUGAUGUGAAAAUGCUUUAGAAACAGACGUAAACGUAAAAUGAAGGGAAUUUGCUUCAAUGUAACGAGUGCCAGUAAUGUGAUUGCUAAAUCCUCAAUUGAAUAACAUAUAUAUACAGACACAAACACAUAUUUUUGGAAUCUCUUGCGAGAGGAUGAUUUUGUAUAAUGCAGCCGCUGCUUUCGAUGUGAGCAUCGCAUCUCUCAGCACAUUUUGAUCCGUACAAAGUGUAAUGUUAGCCCCUUUCUUCGGUUUAUUCUAUAUUCUUUGUUACCUUGAAGCAUUUGAUAUAUAUUUUGUAUACAGCGACGAUAUGAGUAUGCUUUUAAUAUAUACGUAUAUUCUGUUUAUGUAGAAAUGUAUGAUUAAGUACUUUUAACUCUUGCACAAUACAUUGCAAAUGUGUUUUUAAUAUAUAUUCGACUCGAAGGAGA